AUGGGUUUUAAGCUUGUGAUCCCGACUGUCGUCGCUCUUGCAGCCCUUGCCGGGGCCGCACAUAUCAAACGCGCUACUUGCCCCGACGGCAAUACUGCGUCAGAUGAAGCUUGCUGUGCUUUCUUCGCCCUACGCGAUGAUCUGCAACAGAACCUGUUUCAGGGAGAGUGCGGCGAAGACGUGCAUGAAUCUCUGCGCCUGACAUUCCACGACGGCGUUAGUUUCUCGUUAACAGGACAGUUCGCGGGCGGUGGUGCCGAUGGAUCGAUCCUGCUCUUCAGCGAUAUUGAAACUAACUUCGCUGAGAAUGCGGGCACUGAGGAUGGCACUGAUGCCCUUGCACCUUUCCUUACUCGACAUCUCGUUUCAGCUGGUGACCUUAUCCAGUUCGCUGCUGCUGUGGGCUUGACUAACUGCCCUGGCGCACCUCGUCUUCAAUUCCUCGCUGGCCGGCCGAACGCAACGGCACCUGCCCAGGACGGUGCCAUCCCGGGACCUGCUGACACUGUAGACAGCAUUCUCUCCCGCUUUGCAGACGCUGGCUUUACUUCCGCAGAAGUCGUUCAUCUGCUGGCAUCCCACACCGUUGCGCGUUCGGACACAAUCAUCCCAGGACAUGAGGCUGUCCCGUUUGAUAGCACACCCUUCAACUUUGAUACACAGUUCUUCCUUGAGACGCUGCUUAAGGGUACCGGUGUCCCCUUCGGUCGUAUGGAGCCGAACAUUACUGGUGGUGAGGUCGACUCUCCUCUGUCAGCAGAGGGUGAGAUGCGUCUUCAAUCUGACUUCGCCCUCGCUCGCGAUUUCCGCACGGCAUGCGAAUGGCAGAGUAUGGUCGACGACCAAUGUCUCAUGGUGGAAAACUUUAGGAAUGCGAUGAAGAAGCUUUCGGUAGUAGGACAAGACACGAGCAAGCUCGUUGACUGCUCCGAUCUCAUUCCAGAAGCAAAGCCUGCUACCAAAGAGCAUGCCACAUUUCCCGCGGGUACGUGCCCUAAGGAGAUUCAACAGUCUUGCAAGGCGCCUUUCCCGCGCCUUGCCGUUGAUCCGGGCCAGCCGACUCAGAUUCCGCAGUGCCCUGACGGCUCCCUCAACCCUGCUGACUGCCCAUCUUAA